ACAUGCUUUUAAAAGUUAGAAAUAAUGAUUCAAGAGACAACUGUUUUUUUGUAUUAUAGCAUUUUAACUUAAUUUAGUCAAACGCAGAAAACGAAUAACGUUUUAAAUUAUUUACCGGAAACCCGUAUUCGAGCUUGCUUAUUUGAUUGCCUCGGCCGACGCCUUCUUACUGGAAGCUCGAUCCAGCAGAUGAAAUGGCGGUGAGGCAGAGGAUUUUUAACUCGACAUCCCCUUUCUCCGGGUCAUCCAAAGCCGAUCUGAAGGGAUCGUACCCAUCAUGCUCGGCUGCGGAGCAGGAGCCGGAGGACGAGGAAGAGGAGGGAAAGGAUAGCAAGAUGGGCUACAUCAUGUGUUUGAACCCGCUGGUACAUAAACUCCUGACACAUGGAACCGCAGAACAAGUGGGAGAAAUGCCACUGAAGACCUCAACCUUCAUUGCUCAAGCUGAAUGUGAAACCCAGGACUCCCAAGAGUUCAGUCCAUCCUGUUCUGAACGUUCCUUUGUUCCUUCUCCUAACUGCUUCACCAGCAAUCUUCCCUCGGAGCACAACAACGUGGCGUAUCCAACCACAGUCCAGGAGCAGAGCAGCUCAUCGGCGCAGCUCGGCCUGAGAAAGAUCACCAAAAAGAAGCAGAGGCGCAAAGGGAAGAAAAAACAUGAGAAGAAGAAGCAGAGGCAGCGACACAGACAUCGAAUGCCCUCUGGAGUCCCCGAACAGGAGAGUGGACGUUCUCGGGUUCGGAUCCUGGAGGACUCGUCUGUUGGAGGAAGAAGCGACCUCAGCACUUCUUGCUGUAGCAGUGUUGAAAGCUCACAAGAGCAGAACAGAGGGCCCUCUGUCUUCAGCCCACAGAUCUACAACACAGGCUCCAGCUGCUCCCCUCAUAACUGGAGGGACCAGGACUACGGCCCCCUGAUUCCUUCCUACGGACAGGAUAGUGAAUCGGACUCUGUCAGCAGUCUGGGAGACUAUUCGUUGGCCCUCGCAGGCCUUAGGGGCAGCGUCAGUCAGGGGGACCCGUGCUAUGCAGGGCCUUUCUUCAAAGAUGUUGAGAGGGAUGUAAGAGAGGAGGAUGAAAUCUCAGCAGCUGAUUCUAUCAUCAAUGAGGGAAUCAUCUUUUACAAUGAAAAAAUCCAGCCUAUGGACUCAGAAUACAAGGAAGGGAGGGAAUAUGUCCUUUCAAAUUUCAUCAAGGAAGGCUCCUAUGGUGAAGUACACAGUGUUGAGGAUGUCAACACAGGCUUCAAAUUUGCUGCCAAAAAGGUCAGCCUGCAGAGGUUCAAUAGCGAGGAGGUGGGUACGUGGAGUACCCUCAGAUCUCCUCGUGUGGUGGAGCUCUUUGGAGUUGUGAGAGAGGGGCCAAAUGUUGUCCUCUUCAUGGACCACAAAGCUGGCUCCCUGGGCCAGCUGAUAGCGGAGCGUGGCCGCCUGCCAGAGGACCUAAGUCUCCAUUACCACUCACAGGUUCUGACAGCACUGGAGUACUUAGGGAAGAAAAAAGUGGCACAUCUGGACAUUAAAGCUGAUAAUGUGUUGCUGUCGGAGGACGGUCGAGACACCUUCCUGUGUGACUUUGGACACUCGGAGAGGCUUGACAAUAAGGGACUGAGCGUGAAUGGGUCCAGAGACCUGAAGGGCUCGGAGACCCACAUCGCCCCUGAGAUCGUUAAAGGGGAACCCCGCGGAGCCAAAGCAGAUGUGUGGAGCAGCUGCUGUAUGUUUCUGCACAUGCUCAAUGGGUGUCAGCCUUGGACAAGAUACUACACCUGUAGACUUUACCUGAAGAUCGCAAAUGAGCCUCCGCCUCUGAGGGAGAUCCCACCUGAAUGUAGCCGUCUCACAGCAGAAGUUAUCAAGGCGGGACUUCAGAAGGAUCCAGCUAAGAGAGCAUCAGCCUCUGAGCUCAAAGACAAAACUUCCAGAGCCCUUAAAGAAGUGGGAGGACUCACCAGCCCAGUGAAGGGGCCGUACACGGACCCGCUGUACACUGCCAACAAACCUGCAGACUCCCUGCAACUUCUCCACUGCAUCGUUGACUGUGAGGAUGAGGAGGAACAGAGGAAGUCUGAUUGGAAGGUGAUCAUAACAGGGAGUAACACAAAGGAGUUGGCUGACGACAAGGAAGAGAAGGAGGCUGAUUCCAAUGAGCCGAAGCAAUGCUCACCUUUCUCUCCACAAACGCUGAUCUCUGAGCCGAACCCCAAGAGAGGCAACAAGAUCACCGUGCCUGAACUGGAGCUUCGCAAACUGGAGCGAGAUUUCUACCUCAACAGUCUGUCGCAGCUUCACUCGGCUGAGAAGCAGGAGCAGCUUUUGUCUUGUCUCAGCAGUGACCCUUAUUCGAACUGGGAAACAUGGGACAAAAAGGACUCUGGCCGCUGGUCUCUGAGCCCAGCUGACGACUUCAGCUCUGGUGUUUUCUCCUUCAACAGUCAGCCAGAUGUGCCGGUUUUCAGUGUGGAUCUGCUGAGUCACACACAGCUUCCUCCUCCCUGCUGUUUUGAAGGGGUGGAUGUCUGUAUAAGAGACUUCAAUCAGAGAAAUAUCCGCAUCAGAGAGAAGCGCUGCGUGAAGGUGGGCCACAUCGCCACGGGAAUCAGUGAUCAGAUCUCUGAGCGGGUUUUCACCUUGGAAACUAUGCAGGGCCAGCAUGUCGCUCACGAUGAGGAGGUGCAGGAGUCUGGUCUGGAGCUCUUCUGCGUUCCUGCUCCUGACUUCAGCUCCGCCUGGAGGUGGAGGAUCAGAGACGGAGUGCUGGAGACCAGAUAAAAGCCCCCUGCUCUCUCUCUCUCUCGAUCGACCACAACUUAAUGUUGACCACUUUACACAUGUCUUAUUAUUGAAUUGUGUCUGUGUGAUAUCCUGCUUUUAGGAAUGGUAAUUAUGUUUUAACCAUAACUGCCUGCUCAGCAAACUUUCAUCUUUGUAAUGUGUCUCUUUGCCUUAUGGGUGCUGAUGACUCUGCCCAACCACUGAGCUUUUCUGACUGUGAUGUUUACAUGUUUUUUUAUUUUAUGGUUGAAAUUGAGAAAAAUAAACUGUAUAAAACUGU